UUGCUAAUGGCGGGUAUUGUACAAACAUGCGUAAUUUAUGCUACUGUUCGCUAACCGUGAGUGUUGAUGUAAAACUUUGGAUUCCAAAAUAACGACCGGCUUUCGGGGAAGAAUUGACUGUUAGGAUAAGCACAGUGAGGUCGUGAAAAAGGGCGCCGUGGUACUUUGAGAGUGUAAUCAUCAUGUGUCGGCGGCUCCGUUAACUCAAGUCAAACCGAAACCGAACAGGAAGACGGCGUGGAGGAGGUUAGCUACAGGGGGGCGAUGCUAGCUCACCUUGGCGUUUCUGUCAGCGCCGUAGCGCCAAAACUACAGCACAGAUAGCUGCAUUAGUGGGCCGGAGUAAGUUUGGCAGGUGUAUAAACUUAGCUUUCAUUCAUUCCGACCGACGCACACUCGUAAAUCAACUCUCCCGGAUCGUGAAAUGGGGCCGUUACGACUUCUGGUGUUGCUGUUGGCAUUAGUGACAUCCGUUAACCCGGUUAGCGGUUCCUCCAAACUAAACAUCCCCAAAGUGUUGCUGCCGCUCGCGCGAACUACGAGGAUCAACUUCACUUUGGAGACUACUGAAGGCUGCUACAGAUGGUCUUCCACCAGGCCAGAGGUCGCCAGCAUCCAAGCUGUGGAUGAAGAGAUGGACAGAGACUGCUCGCGGAGAGCUGUUCUCCAUGCUCACUCCACCCAUCCGUCCAGACUCACCAGCAUAAUUUUAGCUGAAGAUGUUGUGACGGGGCAGAUCCUACGCUGUGACGCUAUUGUGGACAUCAUCAGUGAAAUCCAGAUCGUGUCCACCACCAGAGAGCUCCAUCUGGAGGACUCGCCACUGGAGCUUAAAAUUCACGCACUGGACUCUGAAGGAAACACCUUCAGCACCCUUGCUGGUCUUGUGUUUGACUGGACCUUAGUGAAAGAUGUAGAUGUGAACGGAUUCUCCGACUCCUAUAGUUCAUUACGGGUUCUUAAAUUCUCCGAGUCCACAUAUAUGCCCCCCGGAUACAUAUCUGAAAUGGAGCGUGUUGGGAAGCAGGGUGACAUUAUUUUGGUGUCAGGACUGAAAACAGGACACGCCAAGCUGAAAGCUAAAAUACAAGAGCCACUGUAUCAGGAUGUGGGGGCAGCGGAGGUGAGGCUGCUCAUCUUGGAGAACAUCCUGCUGAGCCCUGCGCACGACGUCUACUUGCUGGCCGGAAGCUCCAUCCGAUACAGAGUCCUGAAGAUACGACAGGGCACAAUCACAGAACUCUCCAUGCCUUGUGAUCAAUAUGAGCUGCACCUUCGCAACGGUGUGAUUGGCCCUGAUGGGAAGCCAGAUGUUGCUGUGGCCAGUCUGGAUCAAAGCACUUCGACAGUCACAGCAGUUCAGCUGGGACACAUCAAUGUAGUGCUGGAUCAUAAAAGCCUUCGGAUGCAGGGAGUGUCCCGCCUCCCCAACAGCACCUUGUAUGUUGUUGAACCCGGCUACAUAGGUUUCAAGAUUUAUCCCGGAGACAGCUGGGUUCUUGAAGCAGGCAGAGUUUAUAACAUCCUCAUUGAAGUGUUUGAUAAAACCAGCAACAAAAUUUACCUUUCUGAUAAUGUCCGUAUCGGAACUGAAUUCCCUGCUGAGUAUUUUGAAGUCCUGGAAUCUUCCACAAAUGGAUCGUAUCAUCAUGUCAGAGCUCUCAAAGAAGGCCUGACUGUCAUUGAGGCUUCCCUAAGAGCGGUUGUCGAUCAAAGGGGAACGCUUGUGGAACUCACCAACCCAGUCCACAGUGCACAGGACGUGGAAAUCUAUAAUCCCAUAAUCCUCAAUCCCAGCAUUCUCACAUUUCCAUGGCAACCCAAAGUUGGAGCUUAUCAGUACACAAUAAAGGCGACAGGAGGGAGUGGAAAUUUCAGCUGGACUUCCUCCAAUACAGCUGUGGCCACAGUGACCGUCAAAGGAGUGAUGACUACAGUCAGUGACAUUGGCGUCAGCGUCAUUUAUGCUCAUGAUCUACGUAACGCACUACACUUUGGCCAAAUGAAGGUGUUUGUCGUUGAGCCUGUCGCGAUGGACUUCGCCCCUUGCCCAGUAGAGGCCAGGUUGGGGAACGUUCUGGAUCUACCCCUCAGGAUUUUCGGCCUCCUGGAGGAGGGCGAGAAAGAACGCGUCAUGUUGAGCGACUGUUCCCACUUCGACUUGCUGGUUGAGGAGGAAAAUCAGGGCGUCUUUGAGCUCCUGGAUGGGAGAUUGGCUCCCGGCCAGGACCACUGCAGUGGAGUGCGAGCCAAAGCCUUGACCCCCGGGUACACCGCAGUCACCGUCAGCUACACUCACGGCAGCGUGCACCUCAGUGCCAAGAUCACCAUCGCUGCUUAUCUGCCUCUCAGAACGGUCGACCCUGUAAAUGUGGCUGUGGUGACGCUGGGAUCCUCUAAAGACAUGCUGUUUGAAGGCGGACCACGUCCUUGGGUUUUAGAGCCCUCGAAGUUCUUCUGCAACUCGAGAGCUGAGGAUGAAGCCACUGUGAGCCUCACUCAAACUAGUCCCUCUUCUCACAACUAUAAUCAGCACUGGGUGAGAGCGACCUGCAGGGAGCUGGGAGAGCAGGUACUGGAGAUAAUGGUUGGGAACAGACCCAGUGUAACCAACCCUUAUCCCGCUGUGGAGCCAGCUGUGGUGAAGUUUGUGUGUGCCCCCCCGUCUCGUUUCACCCUGGUCCCGGUCUACACCAGCCCGCAGCUGGAGCUGACCUGCCCGCUGCUGCAGCAGAACAAACUCAUGGUGCCUGUUUCAAACUACCGGAACCCCGUUCUAGACUUGGCUGCUUUUGAUCACCAAGGAAGAAAGUUUGACAACUUCAGCUCUCUGAGCUUGUCAUGGGAGUCGACAAAGGCUUCCCUGGCCAGCAUUGAACCCUCAACUCCCAUGGACCUUCUGCUGCUCAAGGACAACAACAAACAGAUGAAGCUUCACGGACGUCAGACAGUGGCGGUCCACCGACAGACGGGCAUCGCUGCCAUCACAGUGACAGCUGUGGGUUACCAAGAUUCACAUCUAACAGCAGCGCAGGUUCCCAGUUCAUACGAGCCCUUGAUCCCGGUCUCAUCCACUCUGGAGCUGCUAUUAGUUGAAGAUGUUAAGAUCUCUCCUGAGACGGUGACCAUUUACAACCACCCAGAUGUGCGGGCAAAUCUGGUUCUUCAAGAGGGUUCAGGACACUUUUAUGUCAAUACAAGUGUUAAAGACAUUGUGGAUGUGACAUUCCAGGAGGCCAAAGGAACAGCUCAGGUUUCUCCCAUCCAUCCAGGCGUGGUAAAGGUCAUGGUUCAUGACCUCUGUGUGGCUUUUCCAGCACCUGCCAAAGCCACAGUACACGUCACCGACAUCCUGGAGGUUUAUGUGAGAGUGGUUGACAAGGUGGAGAUUGGCAAAUCCGUGAGGGCCUACGUCAGAGUCCUGGAUGACGAGAAGAAGCCCUUUCCAGCAACUUUUUUCAAAUUCAUGAAUCUUAAACUCAAGGCAGCUUCAGCAAUCGUCACUUUAAAACCGGUGGUGGAUUCAGCCGAACACGACACCGCCGUGUUUCUGGUCAAAGGUCUGUCUGUCGGGCAGACCACCCUGUCGGCUUCUGUUGUGGGGAAAAGUGGAAGAAAAAUAACUUCCGCUCCCCAGCAAAUUGAAGUGUUUCCUCCAUUCAAGCUCAUCCCAAGAAAAAUGACACUGCUGAUCGGUUCAAUGAUGCAGAUCACAUCAGAGGGUGGCCCGCAGCCGCAGUCCAACAUCCUUUUCUCCAUCUCUGAGGAGGAGAUCGCCUCUGUGAGUCCCAUCGGCCACGUCAGGGGGAACGCCGUCGGUAACGUCACCGUGACCGGGCUCGUCCAAGCCAUCGAUGCCGAGACUGGGAAGCUCGUCGUCGUGUCUCAGGAUCAAGUAGAAGUGGAGGUUGUGGUUUUGACCGCCAUUCGAAUCAGAGCGCCGAUCACACGGAUGAAGACAGGAUCAGAGAUGCCGGUCUAUGUGAUGGGCUUGACCAACAGUCAGACGCCCUUCUCCUUUGGCAGUGCUCUGCCUAGCCUCACCUUCCACUGGUCCACCACCAAGAGGGGCAUCCUGGAUGUCCAGCCCAGACACGUUGAGGCUAAUGUGGAGCUUCAGUCAGAGCACAACUUCGGCAUGAGGGUGACUGGCAAGUCGAGAGGGCGGACCGGGCUGAAAGUGGUGCUGAGAGUCACUGACCCCAAGGCUCGGCAGCUCGUGGGCAACCUGCAGGAGCUCCAAGACGAGAUCCAGAUCCAGGUUUAUGACAAGCUGCACAUGCUUAAUCCCAAAGUGGAGACUGAAGAGUUACUGAUGGCUCCUAACUCGGUCCUCAAACUCCAGACUAACAGGGAUGGCGUGGGCGCGCUCUCCUACCGGAUGCUGGAUUGCCCCGACCAGCUUGUUAUCGCUGAAGUGGAUGAUAAGGGCUUGCUCUUCGCUGGCUCUCUUACCGGGACCUCUUCUCUGCUGAUCACCUCACAAGAGACCUUCGGUGUCAAUCAAACGCUCAUUGUUGCUGUGAAGGUGGUGCCCGUGUCCUACGUGCGCUUCACGACCAGCCCGGCGCUCUACACGCAGACCAAAGAGAACCUGAAAGCCUUCCCGCUGGGAGUCGUGCUCACCUUUGCUGUCCACUUCCAUGCCAGCACAGGGGAGACUCUGCACAGCUCCAACUCCCUCCUCACGUUUUCCACAAAUAGAGACGACCUCGUCCAAGUUGGCGUCGGGCCGAGUAACCAUACCCUGACUGUAACAACCAUCAACGUCGGGCUCACCCUGCUCGCCGCGUGGGACCGGGAAAACACGGGCGUGGCGGACUACGUUCCAAUUCCUGUCGAUCACGCGAUCAGCAUGCUGGACGUCCACAAGCUGGUGGUGGGAGACGUGGUGUGCUUUCAUGUCCAGCUGAGCAGCCCGGAUGGUGUUCUCGGUACUUGGAGCUCCUCAGCAAAUGGCGUUCUCCAGGUGGACCCGAAGACUGGCGCCGCUGUAGCCCGAGACUCUGGAACCGUCACCGUGUUCUAUGAAAUACCCGGCACACUGAAGACAUACAGAGAGGUUACAGUGGAAGCUCCCACCACCAUUACAGCCAUGUCGCAGUCUGCGCCGGUCACCAGCGGCAAGAAGACAAAAGUCCUGCUCACGACCAGAGAAAGAGGAACCAACCUCAUUGGAACUUGUUCGUCGGCCCAGACUGAAGCCAUCUCCCAGCUGCAGCCGGAGACGUCUGUGAGCUGCCAUCUGAGCUUCAGCAGCGACACCGUGGACUUUCCUGCCAGCGACGUCUUGGAAACACGCGUCAGCUUCGACUCCAGCCUCGGCCUCUACGCCUGUUCCAUGACCUUGCAGCUCAUGACGGACCAGCAGACCCGUGUGCUCAGCAUUUCUAUGACCAACCUGCUGGUGAAGGGAGGCCUGGAGGGCAGCGCCUUCUCAGGGGAGCAAGUCGGCGCCCGGCUGCCCAUCGAGCUGGGCCUCUACUCCGACCAGACCGAGCUGCUGCUCUCAAACCUGCAGCCAUCAGCUGAACUCACGGUCUUCGGUCCCCUCGCCGCCCUGUCCAGCAUGAAGGUGGCGUCCACUUCGCCCAACAUCGCCGUGCUGGAGAAGGAGACUCAACAGGGCUUUCCCAGCUCGUCCAAGUACAGCGUCUUCGCCGUGGACCCUCAAGCAGCAGUCACCGCGUCCAUCUCCAUCAGCAACCCGUCCUCCGGCCAGAGCCUCGUCAUCCCGGUCACUUUGAUUCAUAUCGCUGACCCCAGUGCUGCAGCGCAAGAUCCUCCUCCAGUUGUUAACUGGGACGGCGGCCACUCCCUCCACAGCUUCAUAAACUGCUACCAGAUGAUGUUCUGCACCCUGUUCGCCCUGCUGGCUGGAACCGCCAUCCUCAUCAUCGUCCUCAGCUCUUUCUUCUCCCCAAGACAACAGGCCUACCACCCUGCGUUCACCCAGAGGACGCCCCCACCUCUCACCUCAGGUUUAAAUUCGCCGGACACAAAAUCCUUCAACAACAGUGUACCGCGGCUGGACCUCAGCCCCAGCAGCCCCAGGGCCCGUCUGUAUUCUCCAGGCUACAGUACCUGAUAAAAAGCCUCGGCGCCCACAUCUUUUCCUGAAAAUGCGAAACACCUCAGGCCAUUAAUACAUACAGAAUGUGCCUCCGUCCCUCAGGAUGAACAGUCUGGGUGUGACAGCAAACCUCGGUACCGAGUCAAAGAAACCUUUCUACAGGAUCUAUAAGUUAAUCCGACGGGGCUAUUUCCAGUUUUCCUGUGUGGAAAUGUGUGAUGUACAUAUAUAAAUUAAAUGCUUAUUUUUAUGUGUUGCCAUGGAAACCCUUUUUAUAUACGAGACCACUUCAUUUAUGACUGACGCGAUUUGAAGAAGUUUGGGGCUCAUAUCGAUUUGCUUUUUUGUGUUUGUUUGACGUUUGUGUUGCUGUUUUGUUUCACUUGUUGAAUUUUUGUAACUCAGGAUUAACCAACAGAGCAAAACCAGCUUGAAAGGUAUUUAUUUUAAUGAGCAGCGCCAAUAUUUUGUUGUUCCUUUUCUGUUUUGGAAAAGUAGUUGUUCACUGAAUCCGUCCCGCUCACUGGUGACAAACCCUUCCAAUGUGCAUUGUUCUCUCCGGCCGCCGUUCGUUCGUUCGUUCGUUUGUUCGUUCGUUCGUUCGGUCCGUCCGUUUCCCUUCUGGGGCAUUUUCCAGGGAAUCUAACUUCCCAGCUAUUCAAUUAAACCGAGUUCUUGAGCCACACAACAAGCAGCUCCUCUUUCAGUGAUUAAUGUGAAAUGGUAACAAAAUGUGAAACAUAGUUCUUCUUUCAUUUUAAAUCCCAGUCGGUGCAUUAGAGAAGCACUCGAGUGUGAUCUGCUCGUCACUCCAGAGAAUCUAACGUUUCUCUUUCUGUUGCUCUUUUUUUUUUUCCCAGAAGAGGUGACUGUAGCAGUGUUGAAUCGCUGACACAUCAAUGUGUGACUGUGUUUUAAAUUAUUUUUCUACUUCAAAGAGGAAAAAAAAUGACAAGGAAUUGUAUUUGUUUUUUUUUUUAGUACGUGCUUUAAAUUUGUAGCUAUCUAUGCCUUACAAUCACUUCUUAUCAGCUUUUGGCACAUGAUUCAGGCACAUGUUGGUUUGUUUGUGUGAUUCUACUUUUGCAUUUUGAAAAUAAAGCCUUGACUUUUCAUGUUCA